AUGGAUUCCUCUAUUUAUUGUCGAUUGAUAUUCCUGUUAUUUUGCCCAGUUGUUUCACAGGCCUAUAGUUCGUUUUCUGAGGAUGGAUUAGUUGUACCUGUUUAUGAUAGCGGUGAUACUGCGAGUGCUAACUGUGAGGAUACUUUACGAGCGAUUCAACAGCAAGAAUCACAGAAUGGAAGGUUACAAGAGAUAUCAAAGGAACCAUCAGAAGAUACUCCACACUUAUUCAAUAAAACAGCCUCAAUUCCUGAACACUAUCAGCCUAUUGAAGAUGGAAGAAUUGUAUCUGCAUAUGUACCUAAAUGUCGUCCAGAUAGACCAGAUUUAUAUAUUGCUAGACAGUGCAAUGAAUAUGAUUGUUUUUGUGUCAAUGUUACUACGGGAGAAACACUUUUAGGUACACGUGCCAGUCCAGCUGAAGUUGGUGAUUGCUCAACAGCUGUGUAUUCAGUCUUACUGGCUUUACGCCUUAGAAGUAUUCUACCUUCGUCAGAUAGUGGUGAAUCGCGUGGUGAUGCCAUUGGUAUGUCACAGGAUCGUGAUGCAUCUUUAAAAUUACACAUACGCAACAGCUUAGAAGGAAUCCUGCAUUCAGCUGUUGGAUUUCAACGUGUCACUAAUAUCACUCGUAUAUCUACCAAACCAAAUACUCAGGAUUUACACGGAAGUUCUGAUUAUGUGUACUAUCAAGUUGAAUUGACGUCAACUGGUCACAGUUCAUUGCAAUCACCCCAAGAUCUUGUAGAGAAUCGUCUUCAUGAAGGAUUUUUGUCAGAGGUUGGAGCUGUUGAUCCGAGUAUAAGUUAUGUGAAACUUAUACAAUCUAAGAUUCCAGAUCCACCACCCUUAAGAUCACCGUCAUCCUAUGAAACACUUAGUCAAAAUUCUGAAUAUUUGUCAGAUAAACAAACAUUUAUUCAUUCGACUAAAAGUGAAAUGCCUCAAACUGAAGAUCAGCCUCAACCUACUGGACAUAAAAUGGUUGCAGUUAGAAGUCCAGAGAUACCUGAUGCUUCCUAUAUCAAUCCACAUGAACCAUCUAGUUUAAGAUCUUUGAACAGUAAAUCAUCAGAAAAUGCAGCACAUCUAGUUGGAUCUUUUGAUCAUAAUAUUAUGCGAGGAAGUGGAUCAUCAUCUGGGCGUCAGACAUCGAUACAAAGUAGAUCACCACAUCAACCAUGGGCUACAGGUACAUCAACUUCUCAAAUUCUGAGUCAACCGGGUGUCAUAGCUGGUAUCGUUGGAGGUGUUGUUGUCGUCCUGCUAUUGUUAAUACUCCUGAUUCUAUUCUGUAUUUAUCGUCUGCGUAAAAAAGAUGAAGGCUCAUAUGCGCUAGAUGAACCGAAAAAAUUGCCUACAGUCAACACGUAUACAAGAGCGCCAACACGUGAAUUCUAUGCUUAAAAAUAAAACAGCAACUGAAUGACAUAGUCGUUUAAUGGAUUACUUUUUGCUUGUUUGUUUGUUUGUAUAUUUACACUGCACUAACUAACUAACUAACUAACCCCAUAAUUAUUGAUUGAUAUAUUUUGUGCAAGUCAGUCAAUGCGCAUACCCACAUGGUGGACAAACACGCGCAGAGAGAUUCUGGUAACUAGGUAUCUGAUUAACUAUUGUCGAUCUUCCUGCCUACUUCACUUUUUAAUUCCCCUUUCCCCCCUAAUUUCUCCUCUUGGUAUGUGUUUUUUCUUCCGCAAUCCUUCCUUUGUUUUUCUUGUGGUGUUCGUGUUUUGGUUUCUUUUUCCUUUUCUUUUUGUAAUCACAGAAACCAAACCUGAAUAUCAAUAAUGAUUAUAAUUUAAGUAAAGUAGUAGUAGUAUAAUUACUCGUCUUUUGUGCAAUCUUGUAUAGCUGUAUUGAUAUUAAUAAUUGACAGAGAUCAAAGUUUUUCUGUGUGUAAAUUACCGACUCCUUCCCGCACACCUACAUACACACACUAAGAUUGCUUUUCCCCUGUUUUCAAUUUCCCCGCUUUCCUUAUGUGCAAUAUUACUAUUAUUAUUAUUAUUACUACUACUCCAGUAGUAAUGUUUAUGUGUGUAUAAAACAUUU